AUGUCUUCUGGCAUAAUCAUAAUCCUUGUGGCUGCAGCUACAUUUUUCAUCUACAGCCGUCGACGCAGUAGAUUACCACUACCCCCUGGGCCACCUUCAAGGCCCUUUGUCGGAAAUGCCCAUCAAAUUCUACCAAAGAACGAGCCUUGGCGGACGUAUGCAACAUGGGCUGAAACCUAUGGGCCCGUAUACUCCUUCCGCGUGCCUAACCGGCAGUUCAUAGUGCUCAGCUCCCUGAAAGCUGCUACUGAAUUGCUCGAUGCACGCGCCGCUACGUAUUCUGAUCGUCCGAAAAUAUGGAUGAUAGAACUUGCGAAGCGCAAUCUGAACCCGUUCAAUGUAUCUUUCAAUCACCCGUAUUUCAAGGCGUAUCGCACAGUCCUCAAGAACAGUCUGAGUACGCGUGCUAUACAAAAAUACCGGUCGGUGCAAACCGAAGAAUGCCGUGUGCUGCUUCACGCUCUGCACAAUGAUCCUGACCGUUUUGCUGAUCACAUCAGAAGAAACACAGCGGCCAUCUUCCUUAAUAUCGCAUAUGGCUGGAAGCUCGCCGAUAAUGAUGAUCAUUUAGUUAGUAUGCUGCAAGUAGCCUUUGACUCCAUUGCCACGCUAUGCCUGCCUGGCCGUUGGUGGGUCGAAGGAAUGCCAUUUUUGCGUUUCCUACCUUCAUGGUUUCCAGGGGCAGCUUUCAAGCGCGCGACCAUUGAACACGGGGAAAAGUUGAAUAGCCUUGACACAGUACCAUUUAACUGGACCAAACAGCAGAUACAAAGUGGCAGUUAUACACGUUCAUUCAUUUCAGAACAGCUGCUUCCAGAGGAUGGGUCCGAGGUCAGUGCUCAAAAGGAAGAUAUCACCAUGCGGUGUAGUCAGGUGAUCUAUUCAGGGGGAUGUGAUACCACAACAUCAUCCACAAAGUCUUUUAUUCUGGCGAUGGUACUCUACCCCGGGGUACAGAAACUUGCGCAGGCAGAGAUCGAUGCUGUCGUGGGUCAGGACAGAUUUCCUACGCUCGAGGACCGAGACAAGCUUCCGUAUAUCGGGGCGCUCACCUUAGAGCUUUUUCGCUGGGCACCCGUGACUCCACAAGGCCCCUUGCAUCACGCAAUGAGGGAAGACAUUUACGAAGGGUACCGUAUCCCCAAAGGUGCAGCAAUCAUCGCGAACCUUGUUUCCAUGUCGUGGAAUAAGGAAAUCCUGAGCGCUUUCCUCGGACCCUCACCUCAAUCAGACCCUCGCAAAUUCUUCUUUGGGUUCGGGCGCCGCAGAUGCCCUGGGUCGCAUAUUGCCGAAGCUACGUUGUACCUCAAUAUUUCUUGUAUCCUGGCUGCGGGGAGAAGUUCACACCUCUUCGAGAAUUCGAGAGUGCUGUGCAGGUUCAUCCCAAGGAACCAGGGUCUGUUGGCAACUCUCUCGCAAUAG